AUGGAUGUCCUCUACGUCGACGUGUUCUCCAGGCCGGAGAACGACUGUGUGCAGGCACCCCUCGAGACGCUAAUCUCCCUGUGCACUUUAAAGUUCUUGCAGGAUUCACCUGUUAAUUUAGUGUUUGUCUUGAAGCCUGCGAUCAACCCCGUGUUCACGGUCAGGGUGUCGUGUUUCGAAUACGAUCUUAUCGAGGUACCUGACCUACCUCACUUGGCCACGAUAUGCCAGCUGCCGGUCGUCGUGCUGACGAACAGCAGUUCCGUCGUGGCCGGACUUUGUGCUGUUUUGCGCCAGGUUGUCAAAUGCACUGUGGCACUCUUUCCCGGCCACCAUUGCGGGAACUUGCUGGGGUUUCGGCAGGGCUGCCUGAUAGCGUGUGCAGAGUCUUCCCUCUGGACCCGCUUCUGCGAGGUGGAUGUCAUCUCGUCGGUGAAGAGCGUGAUCGCCGGGCAGCAGGAGCAGAGCGACGUAGUGGUCCUGCCGGAAGACCUCGUUCGCUUCGAGAUCCACAUGGCUCAGCCGCUCCGCAUCCACAACAUCCAGAAGGUGUACCAGGACCACGUCAAGUCUGCCGGCCGGCUGAGCGUCGAACUGGAGCACAGCUUUGCGGAGGGCCCUGCCAUGACCUUGGCGGACAUCAUCCUGCUCCCGUGCUUCCACAUCCUGUUGGAAGCGGUCAAGAGCGUGUACCUCCCUCAGCACUUGCCGCUGACCAUGAAGUGGUUCGGUCUGGUCAGGUCGCGGCAGGGCGCCGAGGAAGCCCUGGGGCUGAUAAGAGGUCUGGGGGGCGGUCUCGCCGGCAGGCUGUACGUGGACUACGUGGUUCCCGACCUGCCGAAGCAGUCUCUGUACAAGAGCGACCCGAAGCGCUACAAGCCGAGGAGGAGGAUCUUCACGCGGCAGGAGGAUGUGGAGGUGUCCGUGAAGUUGGCGCUGGACCUGGGAGUCGUGCCGGACUGGCAGGACGUGCCCUUCGGCUGGGAGCAGGAGUUUGACUGGUCGUCGCUGCCCCCGGAGGCACACCCCAAAGGGGGCCACCUGCCGGUCCAGCGACAGGAGAGGAAGGCACAACAGCUGGAGAACUUGGCCAAGGCAGUUUUGAAGAUUGCCCAGCCUGGUCAUAUCAUUGUGGACUUCUGCUCAGGGAGCGGGCACCUGGGGAUUGUGUUGGCACACCUGCUGCCUCGCUGCCAGGUGGUGCUGCUGGAGAACAAGGAGGAGAGCCUGGGACGCGCGAGGGAGCGUGUAGCGCGGCUGGGGCUCCCCAACGUCACGUUCUGCCAGUGCAACCUGGACUACUUCUGCGCGGACUUCGACGUGGGCGCGUCGCUGCACGCCUGCGGCGUCGCCACGGACCUGGUGAUCCGGCGCUGCGUGCGGCACGGCGCGGCCUUCGUGUCCUGCCCCUGCUGCUACGGCUCCGUGCAGGACAACCACGUGCUGUCGUACCCGCGCAGCCGGGCGCUGCGCGACGCGGGCAUGACGCCGCGCGAGUACCUCGUGCUGGGCCACUCGGCCGACCAGACGCACGGCGACGCGGACGCCAAGACGGGCCAGGGCCGGCUGUGCAUGGGGCUGAUCGACGCGGACCGCUGCCUGCAGGCGCGCGAGCACGGCUACACGGUGUCCCUGGCGAAGCUCGUGCCCCCGUCGUGCACGCCCAAGAACAACCUGCUGGUGGGCGUCCCGCGCCACUGGCGCGUCGCCCGGUGAUCCUUGCCUCUGCCCCGCUGCGUCAACAGUGCACUGACACGUCUGUCUUUUAGUAAAGUACCUUGAAAAGCAAAUGUAAUGUACCAAUUAUUUGUCUUCAAAAUGGCCCGCAUAUCGACAUACUUGUAUAUACAGUAGAUACACUCUUAAGAAAAUUUCCUGCAUAAUAAGUUUAUAAAAUGAGGCAAUUGACCUAUAAGUACAUACAAUAUUAUAUAUUACCCUUCUGUAUUAUCUUUGAAAGAUUUGUGCAAUGGGAGUGCAUGACUUGAUGUAAGCUUUGGGACAUACGCCAUUGCUAUGCUCAUGUGUGUCUUUGUUUUUCUUUGUUUGUUGACGAUAUUCCUGUUAUGGAAUAUUAUGUGGUGUUUAUAUCCUGUUGACAACAGCAAUUUUUUGCUUAAUUUGUGUUUUUGUCUUUUGGUUUUUUUUUUUGUAGUUUUCUUCUACAGACAUACAUGUGCUUAGCAAUGGUGUAUGUCCAAAAGCUACGUCAAGUCAUUAGCCUUCUAAUUAAGUUUUACCUGUAAUAAGUCUGAUAUUCUAAGUACCUUGAGAAAUUUCUUAACAGGGUUUUUACUGUAUCUUACGUAUUAUGUGCAAAAUAUUGCCAGUGUUUUCAAAGGAGCAAGAACCAAACAAUAUAUACAUAUAUAUUUUUUUUUUUUCGGUUUUUAAUUCUCAGAGAAAUUAACUACGUAAAUGGUUUCAACUUAAUGGUAGUGAAAAGUAUUUGAAAACAUUCAUGUACUUACUAUUUUUGGUCACUCUAUAGUCACAACUGCAAAAAGAAUAUGCACUUUGAAGAAAAAAAUAACCCUUACUUUGCUGUGAGAUAUAGUCAUCUUAUAUCAAUAUUGGGCUGAAAAUAAUAUUAUAAUUGUUCUGUUCAUGUGAAAACAAUUAAAGGUUUUCUCUAAAA